CAUUUGGAGAAACUAUAAAGGUACCCGUCAUUCCAGUUUCGAUUAUAAUUCAAAUAUUUUCGCCCCUGGGAUCAGUGAAUGUGAGCUUGCAAGAGCUGCACGGCGCUAGUUCACAGCCGAUAACUUCUCCCACACCUCACCAUCAUAAAUAAGCACCUCUUCUUUACGAUUCUCGUAGAACCUCGACUCAACUCCACCAUCACGGCAUUCUCACCCUUGGUUGGUUGCCAGAGUGAAACAACACUACAGCUUCUCGUCAUCAGCCAUCUCUCCAAUCGGGUGGUCCUCUGAGUUUCUGACUCUGAAGAUCUGAAAAGGCGAACAGGUCUUCAGUAUCUCCCAUCACUUCUAUCUCAUCAGGUCAUCUCUCUCCUCUCAGACGUCCUGAACUUCCAAGACUUCUUCGCGGAGAAAGUUCAAGAGGAGCUCCUUCAUUCUCGACAUGAGCAACAUGAAUUCUACCUCGAUCUCACCAUCCACUUCAGCUGCGUCCACCAUGACUUCCAGUGCUUCCACGAACAAUGCCGAUAUGAAGCCCGACAAGUCCACACUCUUCCCAAAUAUGCCUCUUGAACUGCGAGAGAUGAUCUGGACCCAAGCCUGCAGGGUAGAGCGAGUGGUGGAUAUCUGGGUUAAGGUAGUGGGUGGAAGCGCCGGUAAAAACUUCUUCGACACAAUCCGGGUGCGCCGUGCCGUCAAUUACAAAAGCCACGCAAAGCUCCCUUCGGUACUGCAUACUUCCAAGGAAGCUCGACAAAUCGGCCUCAAACACUACACCAUGGUGCUUGGAAGCAAGUAUACAAACUCCUACCGUGGUACCAAGAUCGAGUUCUCUACACCUGCACGAAUAUACUUCAACUGUGAGUACGACAUACUUUGCCCGAUAUUUGCGUCUUGGGAGGCCGAAUACCAGUUCAUGAAAGACGUGAGCACUCCAGAAGUCUUCCCAAAGAUACGCAGAAUUGCUUUUUGUGUCAUGACCAGCUUUAGAAGCUAUUGGGCACAGCUGGGCAAUCUUCCUGAUUUGGAAGUCUCUGUAUAUCCUAACUUCUAUGUUCCGAAAAUCUUUUCAUUGAAUGGCUUCAACCGAGUAGACGAUUUUCACAUGGAAUUGGUUGAUUUCGACGAGAAGAUGGACUAUCACCAAUACGAGACAGCAGGCUAUGCGCCAGCUUGGGAGCAAAUGCUUGCUGCGAAAAGAUUCAUACAGCGGGAGUUCAACGAAAGCUCAUGGAGAUUUUGUAACUGCGGGAAAGAAGUCGAAAACUGCCAUGAUCCCUCUCAUCGCCUGAUUGAUUUGCCUAUCACCUUCAAGAACUUGAAGGCUACAGUCACUGAUAGGGAGCAGGCUUGAUGGGACGAGGCAAGUCUGACGUUGAUGAAAGUUAGGGAAACAUGACCCAUACCGCAUCAUGGGGAGCUUGGGAUUGGGUGGAUUGUGUUCUGGUCGGAAUGGCGCUGGUACUGGUUGUGGGAUGGCUUGAAACCAGCACAGCGUGGAGAAACUCAGCCGAUGUGGCUGCACAAGAACCUCAAAGCUAUACGUACUUGACCCUUGAGAUUGAAGCACAUGUGCACGCGACUAGAACAAAUCUGGUUUACUUUUGCAUUCCCUACCAAACUAUUUAUGAAACCUGUCAAACAUCUGAGAUUUUCUUCAGCGUGUUGACUUGAACUUUGAUUGACGUAAUUUGAAUUUCAG